UGGAGACCGGCAAAGAUCCACAGCGCUGGCAGCCAGGCUACAUGUUUGAAACAACAAGCUUCAGAUCAAACAUGAUCAGUGUAGGCUGCCAGCACAACCGAGCCAUGUUUGAGCACGGCAUUGUGCAUGAGCUCAUUUCUGCGUUUGUGUGUGAUGGUGUGGGAGGGACACUCUUUUACUUUCCUGGCACCUGAUGCAUGCACACUGAACUCACGUCAAUCCCAGCAAUUAGUAGAUUCAAAUGAAUGCCAUCACAUGGGCUUUUCCUCUGUAUAUAUGUCCAGCACUCAGCUCUAAGCAGUGGCAGAAAAUAUCCAACCAGUGCGUAAAUGCACCGUGCGCCGUGCGACUGUACAUCAAUAUCAUUUUUGCCAUGUAUUUGGAUCGAAGUCAGUGAGACACCGCCGUCACUGAAAGUCAUGCCCUCGCUCUGUUUGCUUGCCAGUUCGCUCAGGCUUGGGCAAUGUUGCCUAGUUUUCUCGUUGCGUGGAAACUAAAAGGCUGCUCUGAGUGAGAGCCCUGGAGUGAAGGGGCAUUUCCACUGGCGCGUCGUAGUUUCCAGAGCGGCUUUCGCCGCAAGUUUGACGAGCUGCAGGAGGACUUACUGGAGGCGAACCAAAAUAUCGAACGAGCCGCUUGUUGGAAAGCGCACUGAUCUGGUGGAAGAUAUUAUUUUUGGACACUUGCCUAGAAACGCGCCAUGGAAGGAAGAGGGAAAGCGACAAAGACGUUCAACAGUUACUGGGGAGGUUGAUGUGGACUUCAGCCCUCAGCUGAGGUGGUCCUCCCUGGAGCAUGCCCACCGUAUCCCACAAUGUCCCUUCUUGCAGACUGGCUGCUACGCCACUCAGUGGUCAUGUGUUUGCUGCUGCAUAGUUUGGUGCUAAUGACCUUCUGCUUUCAUCAUGCUGCCACGAGUUGCUCCAAGAACUGCUACUGCACCGAGAGCGAGAGUGGCGGGAAGACGGUGCGCUGCAGCAACCUGCAGCUCACAGAGAUCCCGCAGGACAUCCCCAAUGACACACGGCGUGUCUACCUGGAUUUUAACCUCCUCACCACAGUUCCAACAAAUGCUUUUGCAGGUUUAACCCAACUGGUUGAAUUAGACCUUUCACACAAUGAACUAAGCGAGUUAGAACCAGGUGCAUUCAGAGGCCUCGGCUCCUCGCUACAGUUCCUGGACCUUUCUUCUAACAAGUUAGGAAACUUGACCCCUGAUGCCUUUGAGGGGCUGCGAGCUCGCGCCAACCUAACAAACAAUCCGUGGCACUGUAAUUGCAAUUUGCAGAUGGCCAUGCCUCGUGUGGACCUGGAGCCUGCAUCACUGACAGGCGUUGUGUGCCACACUUCAGAACCUGAGAAAAUAGGAGUUGAAGGACUUGCCUUCCUGUUGGCACCGGACAUAGACCUCUGUGUGGAGAUGAAGAGGACUACAGAUGUGGCCAUGCUGGUUGUUAUGUUUGGCUGGUUCACCAUGGUCAUCUCCUACCUUGUCUACUAUGUCAGGGCUAAUCAGGAGGACGCACGUCGACACCUGGAGUAUCUCAAGUCAUUGCCCAGCAGACAGGGCAAGUCAGAGGAAUCUUCCACCAUUAGUACUGUGGUGUAGGACUGAUGAUGGAGCUUUGCGUGGGAACUGAAAUGGUAUCCCACAACAAACAGGACUGAGGUACUGCCCAGCUGUUGUCACGGAGCCAAGUUGGGCAAUAAAACAUGUGCCUGCACAAGAAAACCAGGCAACCUAGCCCAGAUGAAUAAUUCAUGUUUCAGCAGCCCAUUAGGAGUUUUCGUUGGCUGAGUUGAUGGUUUAGUCUGCGCGCUAAAGUAGUAAAAGCAGUGGCAUCUUUUUUCUUGAACUCCAAACAUGGGAUACAAAUAGAAUUUAUCCAGUGGUGCAUGCACAUUGAUGUACCUCUCUCACAAACAGACAAGUGAGGAUGAAGCAUCAAACAGCAGUGUGAACAGUAGGACAAGGCAACACUACAGUAUGGAACUCUGUACAUCUGUUUCCCAUUAAAGUCCUUACAGUAUUCACCACUAUAAUAUAAGUGAAGUGUUGUUUUGGGGGGUUUCUUAUAUUGAACUGAGCUGAAAAUACAUACAGCAUUUGGAAUCUUAGUCACUCUUUUGCAGAUGCAUCACUUCUCAUGUCUCCCUGCAGAUGUAUGCAAUGCACGAUGAAGCAAUACUCAGUUAUUCUGUGAUGAG